AUGCAUACCGCUGUCGUCACUGGUGGUGCUGGAUUUCUGGGAUCUCAUCUCGUAGCCUUGUUGCUGGAAGAGGGUCACAAAGUUAUUGCCAUCGACUCGCUCUGGACUGGAUCGAACGGAAACGUGACCAGGUUCCAAAAUCAUGCCAACUACGCCUUCCUUCGCCAUGAUGUCACCAAGCCCUUCCCCAAGAGCCUGGAGAAGGCAGAUCGUAUCUACAAUCUUGCGUGCCCUGCUAGUCCGAAGAGGUUCCCGCAGGCGCCUCUGGGAAUUCUAGAGACAUGCUACAAGGGAACGAAGAACGUUCUCGACUUGGCUUCUAAGAGUGGCGCUCGUGUCCUGCUUGCCAGUACUUCAGAGGUCUAUGGUGACCCGCUCGUCUGCCCUCAGCCCGAGAGCUACUGGGGUAACGUCAACUCCUUUGGUGGACGAUCUUGCUAUGACGAGGGUAAGCGUGUGGCAGAAGCGCUUGCCUAUGCCUACCGCUUAGAGAGCAAGGUCGACAUCAGGAUUGGACGUAUUUUCAACGCAUUUGGCCCGGGAAUCAGAGCCGACGACGGCCGCGUGGUCUCGAACUUCAUAGCUGCUGCCCUCAAGCAGGAAGACAUCAUAAUCACCGGUGACGGGACCGCCAGUCGGUGCUUCCAAUACGCAGGAGAUUGCGUGAUGGGUCUCUACAAGCUGAUGGAGAGUGGAGUUCUGGACCCUGUCAACAUCGGACGCGAAGAGGAGACCACCAUCGGAAAGAUUGCUGUCAUGAUCAACGAAAUCGUUGCCGAGAAGACGGGGCGCCCGCAGGUUCGAGUCAUUUUCGGACCUAAGCCGGACGACGACCCCUACCGGAGAGUUCCAGACGCAAGCAAGGCCAGACGUGAGCUCGGUCACGAGGCCAAAGUGGGACUGAGAGAAGGGCUUGAGAAGACUGUUGACUGGUUCAUGACACUGCAAGAGUUCGAUACGCCUAAGGCAAAGAUCUGA